GCCGGGUGGAGCCCCGCCGCUGCCUGCCCGGCCGCAAAGCUUCCCAGCCCCUCCAUCUGUGCUCAGCCCCGGGGAGGACAAAAGGGGGCUCUGAGCCCGGCCCCAUGAGGACGCUACUGACCAUCCUGGCGGUGGGAUCCCUGGCCGCUCACAUUGCUGAGGACACCUCGGAUCUUCUUCAGUACGUAAAAUUCCAGUCCAGCAACUUCGAAAACAUCCUGACGUGGGACAGUGGCCUGGAGAGCGCCCCAGACGUGGUCUACAGUGUUGAGUAUAAAACGUACGGAAAGAAAGAGUGGCUGGCAAAGGAGGGCUGCCAGAGGAUCACCCGGAAAUCCUGCAACCUGACCACCGAGACGGGCAACCACACGGAGCACUACUACGCCCGGGUAACUGCCGUCAGCGCGGGAGGCCGCUCAGCCACCAAGAUGACCGACCGGUUCAGCUCGAUGCAACAAACUACCAUCAAACCACCCGAUGUGACCUGUAUUCCCAAGGUGAGAUCCAUCCAGAUGAUUGUCCAUCCCACCUCCACACCUAUCCACGCAGAGGAUGGCCACCUGCUAACCCUGGAGGACAUCUUCCAGGACCUAUUCUACCGCUUAGAGCUCCAGGUCAACCACACCUACCAAAUGCACCUUGGAGGGAAGCAGAGAGACUACGAGUUCAUUGGCCUGAGCCCUGACACAGAGUUCCUUGGGACCAUCACCAUUUCUGUUCCAAACUUUUUCAAAGAGAGCGCCCCCUACGUGUGCCGAGUGAAGACACUGCCAGAUCGGACAUGGACAUACUCCUUCUCUGGUGCCUUCCUGUUCUCCAUGGGCUUCCUCGUCGCGGGGCUCUGCUACCUAAGCUACAGAUAUGUCACCAAGUUGCCUCGGCCUCCCAACUCCCUGAACGUCCAGCGAGUACUGACCUUCCAGCCUCUGCGGUUCAUUCAGGAGCACGUACUGAUCCCUGUCUUGGACCUGAGCAGCUCCGGCAGUCUGGCCCAGCCUGUCCAGUAUUCCCAAGUCAAGGUCUCCGGGCCCAGGGAGCGCCCAGGAGCCUCCCCACUGCACAGCCUGUCUGAGAUGGCCUAUCUCGGGCAGCCAGACAUCUCCAUCCUCCGGCCCAGAGUGCCGCCUCGCCAGACGCUCUCCCCACUGUCCUAUGCAUCCCAGGCUGCCUCUGAGGUCAGGCCCCCCUCCUAUGCACCUCAAGUAACCCACGAAACUAAGCUUCCAUUCUACACUGAGCAAGCCAUGUCUGAGGUCCAGCCUGCUUCCUACACCCCUCAGACCACUCCAGACAGCUGGCCUUCUUCCUAUGGGACGUGCGUGGAAGGCUUUGGCAAAGACUCCCCACCUGUGACUCUUUCUAGGUCCAAACACCUCAGGACUAAAGGUCAGCUCCAGAAAGAGGCACAAGCUGGGAACUAUAUCCCAGAUGGCCUUUCUCUGCAAGGGGUGACCUCCUUGGAUAGGGAGGCCCCCCAAGAAGCAAAUUUCUUCCACCAGCAUCUGGGAGUUCACACGGACAGAGUACCUGACCCCAGUGUGCGACACAAAGGGACACCAUCGUACCUAAAGGGCCAGCUUCCCCUCCUCUCCUCUGUCCAGCUCGAGGGCUGCCCGAUAUCCCUCCCUUUACACACUCCUUCCCUCCCAUGUUCCCCCAUAGACCAGGAACCAAGUCCCUGGGGCCUGCUGGAGUCUCUCGUGUGUCCCAAGGAUGAGGGUCUCAUGUCUGAGAUGGAGGCCCAGAGCCCAGCCUCUCAGACCUCAGACCUGGAGCAGCCCACAGAACUGGACUCUCUCUUCAGAGGCCUGGCCCUGACGGUGCAGUGGGAGGCCUGAGCAGAGGACAGGGCAGGCCUGGCGCUUCCUCCCUGUCCCCACCCAACCUCACGUGGUUGGCCAUUGCUCCCACACCCAGCCUUGCCGCACACUCUGCAGCCCAGCCUCAGGGGGCUGCCCUUGAAAGAACCGAAGGAAAGAGGGACAUAGGGCCUCUGCCAUGGCUGGGCUGUGGUUGGAGCAAAGAAGUUGGGCAUGAUGAGGACUCCGGCCAGAGGAGCCCCGGGUACGCAUCUUGCACAAAUGAGCAUGUGCAAGCAGAGCUCUGCAGGGCAGGAGGGGACGGGCAGAGCGUGGGGAGCCGAGGCAGAGAGACUUCAUGGAGAUCCGGGCCCCAGCUCCGAAGAUGCUGAAUGCAAAAUUCCCUACCCCACUCCUGGCCAGUUUCAUAAUCUAAUUCGACAGAGGGUGACGUCCUCUCUGGUCCCCUACCCUGAGAAACGGAGCCUGGAAAGGAUGCCUCACAGCAGGCUGGGCAGCACCAGGACAAGCUGCACUUCUGGCCAAAGCCAGAGGCAGCCCGAUGGCGAGACUCCAGGGAGGAGUGCGGCCUGGGGCUCAUUCCCAACCAAGCCGCUUGCUGGAAAUCGCACCAUCUCGACUUGGUCCCUCUGCUAGAGUCUUUACACCAGGUGAAAUGCAGGUCCACCAGUGAGGGAGCACACACAAGCCUCUUCUGCCGGCAGAAGUUGCAGACCCUCUCCUGAGAGCAGGGUUCAUAAGGAACGUGGGGCCACGUGGCUCCCGACGCCGACACAAUGGCAAAGUGCACGCACUUCACAGCUUAGAAGACUGAGCCGUGGGUUCAGCUCAUCUGGGUUCAAAUUCCCGCCUUACCACUUACCAGCAAAUGAAUCACUGCUCAAAACCUCAGUUUCUUCAUCUGUAAAAUGGGGAUAGUGACGCCUGCUUCAAGGGGAUGUGGUGAGGAUGACAUUCAUAAUGUCUAUAAAGUACUUAACAGUGCCUGGCACGUGCUCAGUGUCGGAUCAACGGUA